AUGGCAAGUCGCGCAGCACAAACGAAGGCCAGCAGCCAGGAUAGCAAAGACCUGGGCUGGAUCUCGCACUCUCCCAAUCGAAACGAGAAGCAUGUUGCUGAUGUUGAAGUUGGUGCAUUCGACCAUGCAUCCCUGCCAAAUCCACAGCUUCACCGGAGGCUACGGUCGAAGGAGGUGCAACUCUUUGCAAUUGGUGGUGCAAUCGGUACCGGACUCUUUGUUCAAAUGGGAAGUGCCUUGCCAAAAGGAGGACCCGCAGGGCUCUUUCUCGGCUUCGUGAUUUGGGGAGCUGUUAUGCUUUGCGUCAAUGAGUGUUUUGCGGAAAUGGUUUGCUACGCUCCAAUCCCCUCGCCGUUUAUCCGGUUGGCGGGAGUCUGGGUGGACGAAGCGCUGGCUUUUGCGAUGUCGUGGAACUUCUUCUUGAACAUGGCGCUGCUCAUCCCAUAUGAAAUCGUUGCUUUCAACAUUCUAUUGGGUUUCUGGACGGACGCAGUCCCUGUUGAGGCCGUGAUAGUCGUAAUCAUGGUCGUUUAUGCUCUUCUCAACACGAUCUCGGUCCGAUAUUUUGGAGUCGCAGAAUUCUAUCUGUCAAUCUUCAAGGUGUUCCUGAUCUUCAUGUGUCUUUCAUUCACCGUAGUCACGAUGUUGGGCGGGAACCCCUUGAACGAUCGAUACGGAUUCAGGUACUGGAAGGAGCCGGGCGCUUUCGUUGAGCACCUGGUACCCGGAUCCACCGGCAAGUUCCUCGGCGUCUUAUCCUGCAUCGUUCAAGCGACAUUCUCCAUCACCGGACCGGAGUACAUUUCAAUGGUGGCUGGCGAAACCGAGGCACCACGUACAGUCUUACCCAAAGCAUACCGGUCAUUCGUCUUUCGGAUGUUGGGGUUUUUCCUCGCAUCUGCCCUGGCAUUGGGAAUUGUCAUCCCAUACAAUGACCCCACUCUCUUGGCAGUGCUAAGCGGGAAGGUGGGUGGCAGUGGAACCGGAGCUGCGUCGCCGUAUGUGAUAGCAAUGGAUCGGCUGAAGAUAUCGGGACUACCGCACGUCGUCAACGCCUUGAUCAUGACCUCGGUUCUCAGUUGCGGCAACGGUAUCUUCUUCUCUGCUUCGCGAACGCUGUACGGCAUGUCACUUAACGGCACUGCACCGCGAUUGUUCUCCAAGACCAUGAAGUCUGGCGUGCCAAUCUAUGCGGUCCUCGCAUGUCUCGGCUUCUGUUGCCUUGCUUUCCUGCAAGUAAAGAGUUCCAGCGCUCAGGUUCUGAUUUGGCUGGUCUAUYUGAUCACGGCUUGUCAGCUGCUCAACUACUUUUCCGUGGCUUUGACGUACCGGCAAUUCCAUGCUGCGUUGCGACUGCAGGGUGUCGACAGGCGGACGCUGCCGUAUCGAGGAAAGCUUCAACCGUACACAUCAUAUGUUGCCAUGUUUGGGUGCGGCGUGAUGCUGCUCCUGCUAGGCUACACGCUGUUCAUUGCGGGAGGUUGGGACACUACGACUUUCUUCCUGGAUUACACUUUCCUGGCAGCGUUCCCGAUCGCAUUUGGUGUUUGGAAACUUCUGCGGAAGACAAAGUUUGUCAGGCCUGGGCUGGUUGACCUGACGGUGGAAGGACUUGUCCCAGAGAUUGACGAGCAUGAGAGAUCAGCAGGGCACGAACCCCGGAAAGAAUAG